AUGGAUCACCAAGCUGAAACUAAUAGAACUGAUUUGAUGACUAUCACACGCUUUGUUCUGAACGAACAGUCAAAGUAUCCUGAAUCACGUGGCGACUUCACCAUCCUUCUCAAUAACAUUGUUGUUGGAUGCAAAUUCAUUUGUUCUGCUGUUAGCAAGGCUGGAUUGGCUAAACUCAUAGGACUUGCAGGAGAGACCAAUGUUCAAGGGGAGGAGCAAAAGAAAUUGGAUUGCAUUCUUGUUUCUGAAGAAGUUGAAGAGGCUAUAUUUGUGCCGCCAUCAAAUCGUGGCAAAUACAUUGUUGUAUUUGAUCCUUUGGAUGGAUCCUCAAACAUUGACUGCGGAGUUUCAAUUGGAACUAUCUUUGGAAUUUACAUGGUGAAGAAUGAGGCAAAAGUAAGUCUUGAAGAUGCAUUGCAACCUGGAAACCAAAUGUUAGCAGCUGGUUACUGCAUGUAUGGAAGCUCUUGCACGUUAGUGCUUAGCACAGGAAAUGGAGUUAAUGGUUUUACACUUGAUCCUUCCCUUGGAGAGUUCAUACUAACUCACCCAAACAUCAAGAUACCAAGGAAAGGAAAGAUUUAUUCCGUGAAUGAAGGAAAUGCCAAUAACUGGGAUGAACCAACUACUAAAUAUGUACAAAAAUGCAAGUUUCCUCAAGAUGGUUCACCAGCAAAGUCUCUUAGGUACAUAGGAAGUAUGGUUGCUGAUGUCCAUCGAACAUUGCUUUAUGGUGGUAUCUUCAUGUACCCUGCUGAUGUAAAGAGUCCAAACGGAAAGCUUAGGAUUCUCUAUGAAGUAUUUCCAAUGUCAUAUCUGAUGGAGCAAGCAGGAGGUCAGGCUUUCACAGGAAAACAACGGGCUCUUGACUUGGUUCCAAGAAAAUUGCACGAACGAUCACCGAUAUUCCUUGGCAGUUACGAUGACAUCGAGCAAAUAAAAGAGCUUUACGCAUCAUCCAAAGCGGAUGGUGCAUGA